ACAUCCGCUUCAUAGCCGGCGUCGCUGCGGCUGCGCUUUAGAUUCUGCAUUCUGCAAGGUAGCCAAUGGAUGCGCGUACGCGAGACGGCAUCCAGCACUAGAGCGCUGCUGGUUUGACAGAAGCAGGGUAGGAGAGAACUGGUGCGAUAACCGGAGAACCGAACGGAGGACCGCAGGCUGUGAGGCUGUAACGAGUCAGAGCUGUAGCCGGAGACGGUCCUACACUGGGAGACAAAAAAAGGAAUCACCUACAUCCUUCAAUAUAUAGAGCCUCGAGAAGACCUGUCGCCGUUUGCUGUAUCCGGUCUGUCAUCCUUCUAGACAAUCCCCGUGUGGGUCCCGCCCACCUGAGGAUAAACACUUCCGAUUGGUUCCCCACAGCUGGCUGACUGGCGCAGUGGAUGUACUGCUUGUCCCUGACGUCGUCCUGAUUGUGGGGAACUUUCAGCGUGACACGCCAGUGCAGCGGGAGGCCUGUUUAGGUGACACGUCGGACCAUGGACAGGAAGAGGAUAUGGGUGCUGAGCAAUGGAGCUUUGCUGGCGAUAUUCCUGGGUCACAUGACUGCAGGCUUGGAAGUGCCUCUUGACCCUAAAGUUCUGGAAGGAUUACCACAGCCCCCCACCAUAACCCACCAGUCCCCCAAGGACUUCAUCAUCGACCCACGUGAGAACAUUGUCAUCCACUGCGAGGCUAAAGGGAAGCCACACCCCAGCUUCUCGUGGACGCGGAAUGGGACCCACUUCGACGUGGAGAAGGACCCCAAAGUGCUGAUGAAGCCGAGCUCGGGGACCCUGGUCAUCGACAUCAAUGGGGAGAAGGCGGAGGCCUACGAGGGGGUGUAUCAGUGCACCGCGCGAAAUGAGCAUGGCACCGCCCUCUCCAACAACAUCGUCAUCAGACAGUCCAGGUCCCCCUUGUGGUCGAAGGAGAGAAACGAGCCAAUCCUAGUUCAGGUGGGCGUGUCUCUGGUGCUGCAGUGUAGACCCCCUGCUGGCUUGCCUCCUCCCAUCAUCUUCUGGAUGGAUAACAACUUCCAGCGCCUGACACAGGACACACGUGUUUCUCAGGCGUUGAACGGAGACCUGUACUUCUCUAACGUCUUGGUGGACGACACCAGGAACGACUACAUCUGCUACGCCCGCUUCCCCCACACCCAGACCAUCCAGCAGAAACAACCCAUCACAGUCAAAGUCCUGGACAGCAGCCCGGCGGAGGAGCGGCGGCCCAGUUUCAUGGCUCCUCUGGGCCAAAGCAGCACCCAGAUGGUCCUCCGGGGAGGUGUUCUGGAGUUGGAGUGCAUCGCUGAAGGCCUUCCGACUCCGGAUAUCUCGUGGCGUAAGGAGAGUGGGGACCUUCCCAGCGGCCGGACGUCCUUCCAUAACUUCCAGAAGACGUUGAAGAUCGUAGACGUGACGGAAGCGGAUGCCGGUGACUACCGUUGCACCGCCAAGAACAGCCUAGGCGCCGGGCACCACAUCAUCAAAGUCAAUGUCAAAGCGGCUCCAUACUGGAUUAGUGCGCCCAGGAACUUGAUCUUGGCACCCAAGGAGACAGGAAUUCUCACCUGCCGCGUCGGUGGAGACCCCAAGCCCACAAUCACCUGGUCUGUCAAUGGAGUGGCCAUAGAGAACUCUCCAAAGGACGUAAAUCGGAAGGUGGAGGACGACACUGUGAUCCUGAACGACGUCCAGACCGGCUCCAGUGCAGUCUACCAGUGUAACGCGUCCAAUGAGUUUGGCUAUCUGCUGGCCAACGCCUUCGUCAACGUGCUUGCCGAACCUCCGAGGAUACUGACUCCGCCCAACAAUGUGUACCAGGUCAUCACCAACAGGCCUGCCUUACUGGACUGUGCCUCGUUCGGUUCGCCCAUACCAUCCAUUACAUGGUUCAAGGACAGCCAGACCAGUAUUCUCAGUGGAGACCCGUAUGUUAUACAUGGCAACGGUACCUUAGAGAUCCACGUUGCCCAGCUUCUGAACAGCGGCAAGUACACGUGCAUAGCCUCAAACAACCUGGGAACCAAGGAGAACCAUGUCUACCUGGAGGUCAAAGAGCCGACCCGUAUCCUGGCCCAGCCAGAGUACAAGGUGGUGCAGAGGAACAGGAAUGCGGUGUUUGAGUGUAAAGUGAAGCACGACCCCACCCUCAUCCCCAUCAUGACCUGGCUCAAAGACAGCGGUGAACUGCCCGAUGACGAGAGGUUCGUUGUGGAGACCGACAGUCUGACCAUCAGAGAUGUGACAGAAGAAGACGAGGGUACCUACACCUGCGUCAUGAACACCACCUUGGACCAGGACUCAGCCAGCGCCAUGCUCACGGUCGUUGAGGCCACUCCAACUCCAGCUAUUGUCUACGAGCAACCAGACCCUCCUACAGAUCUGGAGCUAACUGACCAGAGAGAGAGGAGUGUCCAGCUGACGUGGACCCCUGGGGACGAAAACAACAGCCCCACAGAAAAGUUUCUGAUUCAGUAUGAGGACCUGCUCCACCAGCCUGGCGUGUGGCACAACCUAACCAAGGUGGACGGCACCAAGACCACGGCCCAUUUGGACCUCUCCCCAUAUGUCUACUACUCCUUCAGGGUGCUGGCCCUGAACCGUGUGGGCUACAGCCAACCCAGCAAGGCCUCCAGACAGUACCGGACCAACCCUGCAGCUCCGGAUGAGAAUCCAACAGAUGUCCAAGGAGUUGGAACAGAGCAUGAUAACUUAAUAAUAUCCUGGAAGGAGCUGACAGGUCUGCAGUCCAAUGGACCCGGUCUGCAGUACCGGGUCAACUGGAGACAGAAGGGGGUGGAGGAGGAGUGGUCCUCGGAGACCGUGGCUAACACCUCCAAGUAUGUGUUGUCAGGCACCCCCACCUUUGUGCCCUACGAGAUCAAAGUUCAGGCGGUGAACGACUAUGGCAGUGGACCCGAGCCGGUGCCAGUGGAGGGGUUCUCCGGAGAGGACCUACCCAUGUCGGCACCGGAGAGCAUCCAGGUGCUGGUCCAGAACGUCACCCUGGCCGAGGUGCACUGGGAACCCGUCCCGUCCUCUACAGUCCGAGGACGUCUCCAAGGCUACAAGGUCCGUUACUGGCGUGAGCGUGGCCUCCACCAGGGAGCUGGAGCUGAGGGCCGGCAGGAGGAGGCGCAGGCGCUGUCCUUCAGUGGGAACCGGACCCAGGGCAGGCUCCCGGGCCUCCAGCCCUACAGCCUGUACACGCUGAACAUCAGGGUGGUCAAUGGCAAGGGUGAGGGGCCCCCCAGCGCCAACCACAACUUUGAGACCCCUGAGGGAGUUCCUGGGCCCCCUUCUUUCCUGCGUGUUAAAGACCCCAACAUCGACUCUCUGACCCUGGAGUGGGGACCUCCACAGGAGAAUAAUGGCCGUCUCACUGGGUACACACUCAGAUACCAGCUAGUCAACAAUUCAAAUGAUCUCGGGCCUGUGGAGGAGAUGACUCUUCCGGCCAAUGAGACGACCGUAACCCUGGGCAACCUCAAGUACAGCACGCGCUACAAAUUCUACUUCAACGCCAACACCAUCAAGGGCCCCGGCCCAGCCAUCACCCAGGAGGCCGUCACCGUCAUGGAUGAAGUCUUAAUUCAGCAACCUGCAGUAGAUGUGGGCAAAGGCGACACAGAAUCCCCUCAUCCAGUCUCUCCCAUCACUCAGUCUCUGCGCCCCCUGUUUCACAAGGUUCGUCCGAUUGGUCCAGUGUUCACCAAUGUGAACUCCUCUGUGGUGGGCGAAGAGGGUGCCGUGAUAAGUUGGGAAUACUCUGGACCAGAUAAGAAUGUUUAUGUGGAGUAUAUUGUAGAAAACAGUAAAGAAGAGUGGAAAAAAGAGUUUGUAAAUGGCAGCAAUGGGUCACAAACCUAUCUAAUAAAGGGUUUAAAGCCAGGAACGUCCUAUAGAGUUCGCGUGGUAGCGAAAGACCACUCUGAGAUGACCAUUCACAGUACAGAGGAGCUGUUGAUAACAUUGCCAGCGAUGCCGAACAAGCAGGUUGACUUAGCCACUCAGGGCUGGUUCAUUGGUCUGAUGUGUGCCAUCGCUCUUCUCAUCCUCGUCCUCCUUAUCGUCUGCUUCAUCAAGAGAAACAAGGGAGGCAAAUACCCAGUGAAAGAGAAAGAGGAUGCCCACCAAGACCCAGAGAUCCAGCCAAUGAAGGAGGACGAUGGGACAUUUGGAGAGUACAGUGACACGGAGGACCACAAACCUCUGAAAGGCAGCCGGACCCCCUCCAACGGCACGGUGAAGAGGGACGACAGUGACGACAGCCUGGUGGACUAUGGGGAGGGGGGCGACGGCCAAUUCAACGAGGACGGCUCCUUCAUCGGCCAGUACAGCGGCAAAAAGGAGAAGGACACGCACGAGGGGAAUGAAAGCUCCGAGGCCCCUUCGCCGGUCAACGCCAUGAACUCUUUUGUGUAGGUUAGUUGGAUAACCACCGGGAGCCCACGGCGACGCCACGGCGACCGGCUGCCAAGGAGACCCUCGCUAUAGUGAUCCGACCUGUCAACGUGGAGACCUGUCCCCACGGCAACAACCACGGCUUCUUCUGUCACUCCACCCUCAUCUCCACCUCUUGCCCCUAUGGCCCGCCAGGGACCGCCCCUAUAUCACUGUGUCCCCGCCCACAAAUGAUGUGACAGACAGACGAACAAACGAAUAAACCAACAAAAGAGACCUGGGAAAAUGAAGAACCUCGUAAUCAUUUCAAACAGUAGAAGAAGACGGGAUGUAGGCGCCCAGAAACAGAUGGAGGAGAAAGCAAUAUGGAAAGCAGGACGUGGAAGAAUGUAUCAGCGGACCGGACUGGGAUGACCCUCCACACCCAGACUGUUUCUCAAAGAGCCGGACAGGUUAUGUCUUAGUGCCAUUUGACCUUUUGCAAACGUAUAUGACGACACAGUGAAAUGAAUGAAUAUGCCGUACACAUCAUUGUCGUUUUGUAAACAAUGAUAUACUUUGGAAUAUAUAUUUUCAUGACCCCCGUCGACGGAAAACGUUUAAAAGAAAUCAGCCAUCCUAUACAUUCAUCUGCUUCUAAUUAAUGUACUGCAUGGAAUUAGUGAUAUUCUGUACCACACAUUCUGUAACAUCGCACACAGGGUCAAACUGGCGUCUGUCGCGAGAGUGGAAAUUCAUGUCUUAAACUACUGGAUAUGCCUUUUAUUGUUUAACCUUUCUAUCGUCAAAAGUGUUACAUUGGUAUUAUAAUAUGGAGAAAACAAACUAUGGCAUCGUCAAUGUCUUUGUGGACAUUGCUGUGAAACGUGUGACUCACUGUAAAAGAAAAACUAAAAAAACAACGCUAUUAUUAUGUCUCUUUUGCAAGACAUGUUUUUGUCAUACACGGCUUUCAGCCAAUCAGCAUUCAGGGUUCCAACCACCUGGUUUGUAAGUGUGCAUACUGUAACAGAUGGAAAAACAGAUGGACAGGAUGGUCAGAAUCUUGCAUUUGUCCUAUUUAGUCCCGAAGUGAAAACAGUCCAUGCAGAAACCUCUAUCCAACCAUCCCAUGCCCGCACGCAGACGAGACAUUGUCUGCCAUUUGAUUUUCAAGUGUGUUUUAAUUGUUUUACUUACUUUACUUUAUCAUUGAGCAGAGAUUGUUAUUGACCCAUGGCUCAUGUACGUAGCGACACCCUAGACACACACACACAAACAUACACAGACAUACACAGACACACAUAUUCACACACGCACACACUCCUCUGAAACGUCAUAGGUCCUAAACUCUCUGACAAUGGAGGAAACGUUGAACAACGUGUUGGCCUGUUCCAUCAGACGUCCACCGCCCAACGUCUCCACACCGUUGCCUUGUGUCCUGGACGUGUCCACCCAGAGAGAGAGUGGGGGGAGACGGGAGACGGAGCAGUCAGGUGGCGCUGCAUUCCUGUAAGCGUUUUCCAGAGGAUACCUAGCGGAUUGGCUCCUGGAGUACACUCGAGCAAGUUCACUUUGCGCGUCGAGUGAAUUGGAUUGCACCGUAGCGAGCCGGACCGGUGCUGGACCAGCUAAGUCAAGUGCUCCCUGAAGCAACGAAAUCCAGCUGUUGUUAGCCUGGCCUGGAUCCGGAUCCAGGUGUCGGGCGGUACAGAGCCGGAGAACCCAUCAGCGCGGUUAACAGUGCCUUUGUAGAGAACAGCGUGGGUUCUAGAUCCGUAGCCACACCCAUCCCCUCACUCACAUAGCAGAGCAUUGGUAGAAAUCCCAGCGUUCACUUUCUAUGGCUGCGCCCUGGUUGGGUUGCAGUACGGUUUAUCUGUGUGGUUUUAACAUAGAGAGAUUAUUUCCUAACCUAAAGAGAUGAAUCACUAACCAUCACUACAGAGAUUACGUGUCCUAACCCCUCAGCAUCUCCCAGUGGCACUCACUCAGCUGGACCUGAGCUCUGGACCAGCAGCUCAAAUACUUGAUAGGGUUUAGUGUGGUCAGAAAUAGGGCCUUUAAUUGGGUAUAGGGUGGUCAGAAGUAGGGCCUUUAAUUGGGUAUAGGGUGGUCAGAAGUAGGGCAUUUAAUUGGGUAUAGGGUGGUCAGAAGUAGGGCCUUUAAUUGGGUAUAGGGUGGUCAGAAGUAGGGCCUUUAAUUGGGUAUAGGGUGGUCAGAAGUAGGGCCUUUAAUUGGGUAUAGGGUGGUCAGAAGUAGGGCCUUUAAUUGGGUAUAGGGUGGUCAGAAGUAGGGCCUUUAAUUGGGUAUAGGGUGGUCAGAAGUAAGGCCUUUAAUUGGGUAUAGGGUGGUGAGAAGUAGGGACUUUAAUUGGGUAUUGGGUGGUCAGAAGUAGGGCCUUUAAUUGGGUAUAGGGUGCUCUGUGGUGAACUGCCAUUAAGGAUCGGAGGGCUGAUUGCUAUCACUUGAAACCAUAACCAAUAUGGAAGCUAGUUUUACCUAUUCAUAAAAAGGUAAACAGUAAUAUUUGCUGCCGAUUGUUUCUUGGAAUUAGACGUGUGUAGAUGUGUGUAUGUAGACGUUUUGCUGUUCAGUGCUUAGCCUACACCCAGCACUCAGUUGGGUUAAAAGGCCUACAAGAAUGGUGGGGUUGUUUGUGUGUGUGUCUGAUGUAUUAUAUUGCUCCUUCUAAAGUGUUGACAGUGGGUUGUGGGGUGCCGUCUACCCCCAUCCUGGCAGUUGCCAACACCGGGGUGGUUCGUUGUUUGGAAGAGAGAGAGUUCCAGAUUUCCAUGGUCUAGUUUUCCAUAACUUGCAUCAAGUUUUUAGUUUCCAACUGUGCGUCUGCUUUCUGUGUGUAGAUAUUUUGUUGUAACAUGUAAAUAGAUCUUGAGCUGGGGUGUGAAGACGAGAGCUUGGCGUGAACAGCGUGGCUACGUGGGGAUCUGAAACGAGGCUAACUCGGUGUGUGGUGUGAUGGAGCUGCGGAGGCCUUUUACAGUUUUCAAUCUUUCAUUUGCUGUGACACUUUGUUUUUUGAAAUAUGUCAGGUGACUAGUGUUUCCUGCCCGAGUGUUCAUUCAGGGGUGUGUAAGGGGAGGAGACUAAGGACUCGUAUUGCAUCAGAUGUUACUAAAUCCUCUAUCAGUCUUUCUGCCUGUCUGUCUCCAACAGCCCAUGCAACUUUUCUGUACUAAAACAUUAGACAAGAAAAAACAUACAAACAAAAAUGAGGUGAAUGACGUGCUGAUCAACGGGGACUCACGGAUAGACCAACUGGCAUGACAGAGUGGGAAAACCCUGGAAAACAAGUUUUAGUGACUGGUGACUAUAGGACAUAUUAUAUGAUAUAGGAUGACAUUCUGGUUAAUGUUGAAGCUUCAUGAAAAGCAUGACAGGCUGUCAAAUUGUUUACUCUAUAAUAUUAUAUUGGAAAAUAUUUUGUAUUUUAAAAUGGAAAAAAAUAAAUGUUGGUUUCAGAAUUU